CAGUCGAUAACGGAGACAAGCUGUGUGACUAACGGGCAGGUAGCGUACAGCGUGGAUACGUCGGACAAAAGAAUGAUUCGCGGGACGGCGCGAGAUUUCAUCAUGUUAUUCGGAACGGCGGGCAAUUUAAAACUUAUUAAUUGUUUAUUUCCUGAAUUUUCCGUGUAUUAUUUUCGGACCGCGGCUAACUGAAAAGGCGCGUAAUGCCUGGGGGACCACUGUCAUAUGACCGAGUAGCGGUGUCUGAAUUUCCCGGGUUAGAGGAAAGUGGUUAGUGGCAGUGCGCGCGCGCGGCAGAUGUCCAUCCAUGGUAGAGUGCGUGGAGUGCGCGCGGAGUCGAGCUUUUCGGCGGACUGGACAUCCAUUGGCUGAGGGAGCGGAGCCCUGAGCUGAGACGCGAACGGCAUGCUCCCGACAAGUGGAAAAAUACAGGAAGACGCUGCACUUUUACACAUCCCAACCCGCUUCGUGUUUGGUUAACGAGGAGAACUACGAAGAAAAAAGAAAUACAGCAUUUUCCGUUCGCUUUUUUUUUUUUUGGAGAAAUGUGGCCGGUAAUCCUCGCUUGUUGUUGGAUGUGACACUUUCUCUAUUUUCGCUUCUGAUCUGGCCGAGUUGGAUACAAGGCGAACUAAGCAGAACGUGACACACAUGAUUAUUCUGUGUAACUGUCCAGCAGUUUACAGUGCUACAGCACUGAUUUCAAGAGUGACACUGUAUUAUAUCGACGCUUCCCACGACCAGAGUUCAGUGACCUGUAGCUGCGCGGUACCCGGCUGUUCGGCUGCAGCCCGCUAGGCCUCGCGUCAUGCCUCGGCCUCUCGUGACAACGUGAGCCGUCAAGCGCCGUGCCGCGGGAGGCGUGUGCGUCAUUCGUUAGCGGCGGAGCAGCGCUCACCUCAGAAAAAGCAUUACUUCUGUGCCCCCCCAGCUUGGACUGGUCUUCGGAGAUGUACCCCCCUGCGAGGAAAGAUUUCAUAACCCUAACCGUCACCGAGCAGGACGGCCGCAGCUACAACAACAGCAAGCAGUGGCGUCGCCAGUCUUGCUGGAGGAAAUGGAAGCAGCUUUCCAGGCUGCAGCGUAGUUUGAUCCUCUUCCUGUUGGUGUUGCUGCUGGUUUCUGUCAUUGCCAUGUACCCCACCUUGGUGGAGCACUGGAAAGGCCUGUCCAACAAACCCCCGAAGGAGGAAUGGCACAGGAUGGAUAACAGUCCUCCGGAGCAAGUGAUGCCAGGGGCCCUGCCUGGAGUUGCUCCAGGUGUCAUCCCCGCACCUCAGAAACAGAACAUACCCAUCUUACCUGAGCCUCCACCUGUGAAGCAGAAGAAAGGUUUCAAUAAGCGAGGCCCCCCUGGCUUACAGAACCACUUGCAGAAGAAGAAAGGAAAUAUGACAGACUUGCAGAUCGAAGCGAAGCAGGAACCUGUGGCAGGAAGCAGGGAAGAGGGAGAGAAACCAGUCAUUAGCUGGCGAGGGGCGAUGAUUGAGGCAGACCAGGGUACUGAGCUGCAACCCUCUGUCAAAGAGGCUGAAUAUGAGAAGGGUGAUGGAGCUCUGCCAAAGCCAGGUGAUACUACGGGUAUGCAGAGGCCAGUGCAUGGAAUAAAUAGGCUUGAAGCAGUGAAGGAGGCCUUUAGGCAUGCCUGGAAGGGCUACAAGGAGUUUGCCUGGGGCCAUGAUGAGCUGAAGCCCAUAUCCAAGUCAUAUGGAGAGUGGUUUGGACUGGGCCUGACACUGAUUGAUGCUCUGGAUACCAUGUGGAUCCUCAACUUAAAAGAAGAAUUUAAGGAGGCUAGGACUUGGGUGGCUAAAGAGCUAUCUUUUGAUAAGAAUGUGGACGUGAACCUGUUUGAAAGUACUAUACGGAUCGUGGGUGGCCUGCUGAGCACGUACCACCUGAGUGGGGAUAGUUUGUUCCUGGAAAAAGCUAAGGACAUAGGGUCCCGGCUACUACCUGCCUUCAACACUCCUUCCAAAAUACCUUUCUCGGAUGUGAAUAUUGGGAAGGGCACAGCACACCCCCCUCGCUGGACGUCAGACAGCACAGUGGCUGAAGUGACCAGCAUCCAACUGGAGUUUAGGGAGCUCAGCCGCCUGACCCAGGAUCCACGAUACCAGAAAGCUGUGGAUGAGGUGAUGAAGCUGGUGCACAAGCUAGAUGGGAAGCAUGAUGGCCUAGUGCCCAUGUUCAUUAACACUAACACUGGCCAGUUCACACACUUGGGAGUCUUCACGCUGGGAGCACGGGCUGACAGCUACUACGAGUACCUGCUGAAGCAGUGGAUCCAAGGAGGCAAAAAAGAAACUGAACUGCUGGAGGACUACAUGCAAGCAAUAGAAGGGGUGAAGAAGAACCUGUUGAAGCAGUCCUCUCCACGCAGCCUAACCUUUGUGGGAGAGCUGUCUCAUGGCCACUUCAGCCCUAAAAUGGAUCACUUGGUCUGCUUCCUGCCUGGGACGCUGGCUCUGGGUGCCCACAAUGGCCUGUCUGCAGAGCAUAUGGAUCUGGCCAAGCGCCUGAUGGAGACUUGCUACCAGAUGUAUGCGCAGAUGGAGACAGGCCUGAGCCCUGAGAUUGUCCACUUCAAUAUGGUGCCACACGAGGGCCUGGAUGUGGAUGUGAAGCCAGCAGACAGACACAACCUCCUACGGCCCGAGACGGUGGAGAGUCUGUUCUACCUGUACAGGUUCACUCAGGACAAGAAGUAUCAAGAGUGGGGCUGGGAGAUGUUUCAAAACUUUAACAAGUACACCAGGGUGCCAACUGGAGGGUAUACCUCCAUUAAUAAUGUGCGUGAUCGCGAGUACCCCAGCCCCAGGGACAAGAUGGAAAGCUUUUUCCUAGGAGAGACCCUCAAGUACUUCUACCUGCUCUUCUCAGAUGAUCCCAAUCUGAUCAGCCUGGACAGGUAUGUCUUCAACACAGAGGCCCACCCCUUACCAAUCUGGCCAUCCGCAGCAUGAGCGACACAGGCAGGGGACAGGAAUCGGAACGCACACUGCACACGGCUCAGGGUUCAGAAGAAAUGCCACCGUUCUUUGUUGUGGACAAUAAUUAUGUUAGCCUGCUGCCAACGUUUCCCUCUGGAUAUAACCCUGUUGCUUUUUGUUAAACUCUGGUUUGAUUCAUUAGCUGAAACAGGUUUAACACGUUGCUGAUGGAUGCAAGGUUUUUGUGGUGAAAAUUUGUAUGUGAGCUUUAGAAUUGUAUGCAGCUCACAACUGUAGGCUCACAGGAGACUUAUUAUGCAUUUUCAAAUACAUGUAUCUGCAGUAAAUGCUAGUGAAACACAGAAAUGCUGUAGAUCUAUUGUCAUAGACCGCACCUGGCAAUGUGUUAAAAUGCAAGCAGCAAUGAUUCCAUGUCUGAUGGAAGACUUUGGUGUCUUUCAUGCUGUUCCACUGCCAUUAUGACACCAGAAUUUCAUGUCGUGAGGGCAUUGCGAGGAAAAAAAAAAAAAAAAAGAUAAACUGUUUAUUCCCUUUAUGUUCCUUAAGAUGGGGCACAAUUGACCUGAUCAGUACUGUCUUGCUUAUGUAAGGCAUAGGCAAACAUUGCGGAACACAAAAAUGUCAAAUUCCAAAUACUUUUUUUUUCCAGUGUUUUAAGAAACUUAGUCCCACCCAGACUAUUUUAACAUUAGUAUAUAAAAUAGUCAUGUACCAGUCCAUCACAUGCUGUUAACCAGGAGGGUCUGAGGUCAUUAGCCACGGAACUGAACUUGCAUACUGUGAAGUUCUUUUGGAUGGAAAUGCUAAAGUGUAGAUUUUAUUUGACUUUGCAAUAAGCUGCUAUUGUAUAUUUAUGAAUAUUUUUGUUUUGAACCUUGCCAUGUCAGUUUCAAUGAAUCAUCAUCUUUGAAUCAGGGACCAUACUGUGGUGACAAGAUGGCUAAUUUUUACUCUUUUAGUGUAAGGAGGUAUUGUAACAACCCUUUGGGUGAUAUUUAUAUAAAUUUUAAAAUCAAAAUAGUUAUCAAAUUCAACCUUUUCUAAGACCUACAAAAUAUUCCCAGAUGUGUGUUUUGAGAUUAAUUUAUAUUGGGGGGAAAAAAAAAAAAAAAAUCUAUAAUGUUGUGCACAGAAGAAGCUGUAAUACACGGGUCAAGCUAGAGCUAUGUAAUUUUAAUGCUUGAAAGAAUUGUGCAGUGUUGGGCUGGAAUAGUAGUCUGGCACCAGUGCUAGGAGUAUUAAUUAUGGCUCGUGUGCAACUGGGUUCUCCGGCAGUCAUCAUUCCUGUAAUAUAAUGCUUUAUAAUUCUGUAAUGGGCAUGUAUGAUAGUGUCUGAUUGUGAAAAUUCCUUUAACAUUAACGAAUUCAGAUAAGCCCUAGGGGUGCUAAAAUGGUCCAUUGCGUAAUUUGUUUAGCUUCUUGCUUCAUUUCAAUGUUUGAAACACUGAAUUACAGCUAGAGUGGGAAACGGUGGUCAGUUUGCUGUUGCAACAAGUAUUUGAACUAGUGGGUGUUUUUGUGAUAACACACCACCUUACAUACAUUAUUCAUACCUUCCUAAUCAAUUAUUUCCCUGCAUUUGUGUGGUGGUGUGGCAGAAAUUGUAGCAGAUUUAGAGGUUUUCAGAAAUACAGGGAAACCAACCCCCCCCCCCCCCCCAUUUGAGUUAUUUGUACAAGUGACUGUUCCAUGAAAUAUGGGAAUUUACCCUUUCUAAAUUGGGUAAGUGAGCAAGGUUGUGCUAAUUCAUUACAAACAAGGAAUAGAGCCAUACUGGCCCUUGGAUAGCUGAGAGCAAUAGUGUCAUCUGCGGUUAAGUCUUAUGGUGGAGUUUCACCCUAAUCUGUGCCUUUAGUUAAACUGAAUCCAGUGUGUCUGCCACUCUCCAUGUUCUCCCUCUCAUGAGUCACUGCAAUGUGUUAUGUGCAUUGGGGUUAAUGUUUACAGUUUUCUUAUUUGGAGGAAGGACAGAUUUGUAUUUCCAUUGUUAAUUAUUCCAAGUGACUUUAAUAUUCAUCUAUCCUAUACUGAAUGAAGCUUGGCUGUCAAUAUGCUCAGCCUUCUCAGUAUAAAAUCUUCAUGGAAAGACUAGCAAUUUGAUUUGCACAUCAGAAGCAUUGAAAUCUGGUCAAAAGUUUCCAAAGUUAUCCGAGGGUUGCAUAUCUUUAAACAAAAUUAACACUGAUGUCCAUGUUAAAUAGUUAAGCUGCAGACAUACCAAUUUACCCUUGGAUGUUUUAUUCAAAACAACCAAAGAUUUUCCUGAUAUGCUCCAAAGACAGCUUGUAUCAUUUGACUGAGGAAUGAACAACUCAGCCAUACUAUAACACAAAGUUUAUGUAGAAAUAGACUGCCCUCUUUACAACUGCCCCAGUAUGAACAUUCUGGAAGAACUCUGGGUAUGAUUUUAAACUGUGUCUCCCUCAAAACUCAUGCUUAUUUACUUAAAUCUGUAAGAAAAGAGCAUCCACAAGCUUUG